AUGUCGAAGCGGCGGGACAGUCUUCUGCCACCGGCGAAGACGCACACGGAAGACCCGGGCGCGCACGAUCUCGAAACGGACGACGAGCACUUUUCGGACGCCCAAUCGGUGCCGGCCGGCUCGCCGCACAGCUCGCCCAUCCCGACGACGCGAGUGGAAAAGGUCAGCGACGAGCCGUCGUACGGCGAGGUGCCGGGCACGGAGGCGUAUCGGCUGCGCGAGGGUGACGCUCUGCCCGACGAGAUCACGAUUCUGGCCAACAAGGGCGAGGACAGCACGGUCGGGAGGCCCGUGUCGCAGCACGGACUCGUGCCGACGACCGUGUUGGAGGAAGCGACGGAUGACGCAGGGGCAAAGGCCCCUGAAGGGAAGACGCACCACCAGGAAGACCCUGCGCCAGACCUGGUGGUAAAGGCUGAUGGCAGAGUGGAAGUCGGAGCAGGCACUACUGAGCCAGCAGCACAGGAGCCCGAAACGAGAGCAUUGGGGUCAGCAGCAGCAGCGUCACAGCCGCCACCGCUGUCGUUUCCCGUGCCAGAUUUCGGGGGUCUCGACGGGGAAGAGGUGCUGCGAGCUGCGGCGCCGUACGUGAACGGGCUCUACGCGGCAGACGAUGGCAGCAGCAGGCUUGCGCUGCCGGCGCUGGGCAGCUCGGUCUUUCUGACGCCGCGGAGCGCAUCGCUGUGGUCGCAGCUGGUGGCGCCGCCGCCGCUGCAGCCGCCGGACUGGAUUCGCAGCCGGAUCCGUCGCCUCUUUCUCGUCAGCCUGGGCGUGCCCGUAGACCUGGACGAGAUCCUGCCGGCGUCCAAGCAGAAGAAGCUGGUGCUGCCGUCGCUGUCGGUGCGUCGCGACUCGCCGCGGACAUCGACCGACAGCCGAGGCGGCAAUGGCAGCGGCAGCGGUGUCGCACGGCUCAAACAGCCUGGCGCUAACACGUCCAACACGAGCGUCGACUCACAGGGCCGGCCGGCAGCCAACACGUCACGAAAGCGCAAGGGCCCACCACCACCGCCCGCGCUCGACCUCGUGGCGGCUGAGCAGCUCUGCGCGACCACGGACGAGGCACUCGACGGCAUGACCGACGACGAGCUGCGUGGCCACCUGGACCGGCUGCAGGCGCUCGAGCUGACGGCCAGGGCCGUGCUCGACUUCUGGACCAAGCGCACGGACGAGAAGAUUGGCGACCGCGAAGCCUUUGAGGGCGUCAUCGAGAACCUGGUGGCACACGCCCGCAAGACGCGCAAGUAG